AGCGAACGUCGCGCAAAGAAAUCGUCGCCGGAACAGCAAAGAAUCGGGCAGCAAUAAAAAUCAUAGGAAAAGUGCAAAAAGUCUUAUUAAAAUUUUGUAAUUUUUGCUGCCGAGCUCUGGCGUGCCGUGCAGUGAUUAACUUUUGUGUGACGUUGACGUCUUUAACAUAACAUGUUACCACGAGGAAAUUAUUAAAUUUUUUUCUAAUUUCAACGAACUAAAAACAUAAAAUAAAAUAAACGAACGCAAGCCGCAAUUAACGAACAAUUAUACGAACUUUUUGUUAUCAGUAUUUUGCUGUCGCGAAUUAAAAAGCAAAAUCCAACAACAAGAACAACAUCAACGAACUUUUUUCUUUCAACCACAACGAAAAAUCGUCGAAAAAGGCGUUUGAAAUUUUCAGUUGCUGAGAAGACAGCGUGUGAACCAAAAGCGCGUCGUCCGACCUAGAAAUCUGAAUAUUUCGCAAAAUAGAACGCUAAAUAAUAAAGAAUCCAUCAAGAAUAAUACAUAAAUCAUAAAUACAUAUUGUCGCACAUAUAGAAAUCUAAAUUCAAGCUGAUCGAAGUGCGCGCGCUGAUAAGUCUGCAGUUCCAAUAAUUCUACGGGGCGUAUACAUAAUAUUUAUGUAUAUAGUAUAUGUACUUCUGGGCUGAACCCAACAAAGUCAAAUUGCUCAGACUGGACAACAUUUCGUAGCCCUUAUAGCUUGUCAACAGCAGCAGCAGUACAACGACGCGUGUCGAGAAGAAAUCACAGCGUCUGCAUCACAUAACCUCCUCAUCCUCCUCGUCAUCAUCAUCGUCGGCAACACAGGCAUCGUCGUCGUCCAGCUCAUCGUCCACAUCAUCUUCGGAAAUGAAAGUGGACGUUGUAAAGCGCGAUCUCAACAACAUUAAGAAGUCUAUGUCGGAAAUCAACGACCUAGCAAGUGGAGGCAGUAUAGUAGCGAAUACCUUAGCGCCAACGACGAGCAUUACGACGGUCCCCACAAUGGCGAACACAGCAGCCAGACUGACGCCCUCAGCCACACACACGCUAACAGGACACACAUCAUUCGAGGAUCUCAAAGGGCAGCUGAAGAAUAAAAUGCGCGCCUCAUUUGAUAAUCUGGUCGAUGUUAACGACGAUAAAACGAGGGCCAUUGUCACAUUUCCCGAUGACGAUCCCCACACACAUUUCGGCAGUGGCAUGGAUCUUACUCAUCCCGCAUCCCAGCUGAGCGCCAGCAAUGCGCUAAGUGGCUCGAAUAAAACCAUCGAUACCAUCAAGUUUGAGGAGAAGACCACAAAAACCAAAACGAAAACAAAAGUGGUAGCCGAUGGCUUCAGCUCCGAGCAGGCCACCAGCAAUUCGGCGGCCUCGAAGCGUUUGCAGGCGGGCGACAUUGAUUAUAAAGAGGAUAAGGCUGCUUCAGCGAUGCGAAAUCGUUUGGAAAUCGACGGAAUCAAGUCCGAGGAGAAUGCCGCCGUCAUACAGGAAAAGCUGUCACUACGCACCGGAGACAUCACACAGCAGACCAGCAAUAAUGUAGCCGCCGCCAGUAUUAAGGUGCAGAGCGACACCUUUUCCGCAGACAAGAAGGCCAUCUCGCAGUCUGCGCAAUCGCAGACCAUGACCUCGAACGGCAUCAUAAGCCAGGAGAAGCACAUGUCAACGGCGACACAGGCCAACUACUCCAUGACGCACAAAGGUGUCUCCAGUUCGGGCAGCAGCAUGAUCUCGUCCUCCUCGCAAAUGUCUGCCACGAACGGUCAGGUCAUAAAGCUAUCAGAUCUCCAGCUGGACGACCUGCAAUCGCUCACUGCCAACAGUGGAGCGCUUGAAAUCGAUCAAGCCAUCAAAAAGUAUUCGAAUGUGCUGAACUCCUAUGUGAGGAAGCUACAGGAUGAUGAAAGCAAUGGCAGUGGUCCCGGCCGCAUUACCAGCGCCAACAACGACGGCACUGGCGAGGAAAAGACGCAAUGCCUGGAGAAGAUCAUCGAUGUGAUUCGCUGCGCCUGGGAAGUGCCUACGCAUGGACACGAGUUGGGCUACUCCCUCUGCAAUAAAUUGCGUCAGAGCGGCGGUCUCGAUCUGCUCAUGAAGAACUGUGUCCACAAUGAUCUGCAGCUGCAGUUCUCCUCGGCGAAGCUGCUGGAGCAGUGCCUGACUACAGAGAAUCGCACACAUGUGGUAGACAAUGGUCUGGACAAGGUGGUCAAUGUGGCCUGCUACUGUACCAAGAAAUCCAAAUCGGAUCAUUCGCGUGUCGGCACCGGUAUUCUGGAGCAUCUGUUCAAGCAUUCCGAGGGCACCUGUUCCGAUGUCAUUAAGCUGGGCGGUCUGGAUGCGGUUCUCUUUGAGUGCCGCACCAACGAUGUGGAAACGUUGCGUCAUUGCGCCAGCGCUCUGGCAAAUUUGUCGCUAUAUGGUGGCGCCGAAAACCAGGAGGAGAUGAUAUUGCGAAAGGUACCCAUGUGGCUGUUCCCCUUGGCCUUUCAUAACGAUGACAAUAUCAAGUACUAUGCCUGCCUGGCCAUUGCCGUGCUCGUGGCUAACAAAGAAAUAGAGGCUGAGGUGCUGAAGUCGGGUUGCCUGGAUCUCGUCGAGCCCUUCGUCACCUCCCACGAUCCCUACGAGUUUGCGCGCUCCAAUCUGGCGCAUGCGCACGGCCAGAGCAAGCACUGGCUUCAGCGUCUGGUGCCAGUGCUGAGCUCCAAUCGUGAAGAGGCCCGCAACUUGGCCGCCUUCCAUUUCUGUAUGGAGGCCGGCAUCAAACGGGAGCAGGGAAACACUGAAAUCUUUCGAGAAAUUGGAGCCAUUGAGGCUUUAAAGACCGUGGCCAGUUGUCCAAAUGCGAUUGCCUCGAAGUUUGCGGCGCAGGCGCUACGUCUCAUAGGCGAGACGGUGCCACAUAAACUAUCCCAGCAGGUACCACUCUGGUCUAUCGAGGAUGUGCAGGAGUGGGUCAAACAAAUAGGCUUCCUCAAAUUUUUGCUGCAGUUCAAGGAGUCCCAAGUAGAUGGCGAUCUGUUGCUCAAGCUAACCCGAGAAAACCUGCGAGACGACAUUGGCAUCACGAAUGGAAUUCUCCUUAAGCGCUUCGAGCGUGAGCUUCAAAGUCUCAAGCGCAUGGCCGACUACUCGUCCAAGGAUACGGCUAAGAUGCAUCAGUUUCUGGCUGAAAUCGGCCCCGAUUACUGCACCUAUACGUACGCCAUGCUCAACGCUGGCAUCGACAAAUGCGCCCUGCCUCACAUCAAUGAGGAUAUGCUGUUAAGCGAUUGCGGCAUUAAGAACUCCAUUCACCGGCUACGCAUAUUAAACGCGGUGAAGAAUCUGGAGAACUCAUUGCCCAGCUCCUCUGAGGAGAACAUGGCUAAGACACUGGAUGUGUUUGUGAGCUAUCGACGUUCGAAUGGCUCCCAGUUGGCCAGUUUACUUAAGGUGCAUUUGCAGCUGCGCGGCUUCUCCGUGUUCAUUGAUGUGGAACGUUUGGAAGCUGGCAAAUUCGAUAAUGGACUUUUGAACAGUAUUCGUCAGGCCAAAAACUUUGUGCUUGUAUUAACACCCCAAGCCUUGCAUCGCUGCAUUGACGAUGGAGAGUGCAAGGACUGGGUGCAUCGCGAAAUUGUGGCUGCUCUCAACUCAAAUUGCAACAUAAUACCGAUUAUGGAUACGAAUUUUAAUUGGCCGGAAACGGAGCGUCUGCCGGAGGAUAUGCGAAGUGUGGCGCAUUUUAAUGGUGUCACUUGGAUACACGAUUACCAGGACGCGUGCAUCGAUAAGCUCGAAAGAUUUUUACGCGGUGAAAAGAAUAUCGAUCGCAUAGCAGCCAUGGCGCCCGGCACCCCUGGUGCUGGGUCAUACCAAAGAAUGCACAGCAACGACUCCGACUAUCAGCAAAGUGUGGGUGGUGGCGGCGGCGGCGGCGGUGGUGCGGGCAGUGUGGUGGAUUGCAUAAUAGCCGCAAAUGGCAGCGGACAAGCUAAUCACCAGGCAUAUAGAUACCGGCAGUCACCAUCACCAGCGCGUCAGCGCGUUCUCGGCGGGGCCCACGGCGGCAGCAGCAGUCAGUUGUCCGCCUAUGGCCGCAAGCGUUCCAACAUUUUGCCGCCGUACCGCACACAGCAGCCAGCGUUGCUGCAAAAGGCACCGGCGGCGGCCACAUCCAUGCAAAACAUGACGCCACUGGCCAACUUACCGCCGCCUCCGCGCAGGCGAUCCGCGGCGGGCAUCACACACAAUCCCAGUGUGGCGAGCGGCUAUCGCUCGCAGAGCGUGGACGGGCUGCUCGAUCAGGCGGCUAAUGGCAGCCAGGAUAGCCUGAAUACCACUGAUCAGCGCAUAGCGGCAGCAGCGGCUCUGGUGGCGGCGGGCAGCACGGCUCUGACCAAUGCCAGCUCCACCUGCACUCUGCAGCCGAGCGAGGAUGGCAACGAGCUGACGGCGAGCAACGACUCAUGCUAUGUGGCGCGUCGCGAGAAGAGUACCCAGAUACUGGCGCCGCCCGCCGUCCAGCAGCAUCGCAAGUCACGCAGUCUCGAUCACAUGCUGUCCAAGCAGACGUUGGCCGCGCUGUCGUCGCCCCCUGAGCUCGGCGAGGAGUCACAGAGCAUGCAGAAUCUGGCUAUGCCCAGUACGUUACAACCAGAGCGACGUGAAUCGCCAGCAAAGUCGUCGAAGUCUUCCACACCGGAGCGACCAGCAUCGCAGUCACGUGGUGUGGGCAAUCGACAAAGUCCCGACGGUGUCAGCUCAACAGAGAGCGAGCGCGAGGACACUCAAGUGACGAAGUCUCUGAGGGGGGCGGCGACAAAUCAGCAAAGGGCGGCGGCGCAUGUGCAUCGUGGGGGCAGCCUGAAUAGUAACAAGACGUCCAACUCAUCGCUGGGAUCGAACAACAGUACGAGUAGAGGCACGAUUUUGAAUCGAACGAUGAAGAAAGUGCGCUCUCUGAUGAAAAACAACGAUUUGGAAGAUGACGAACUAUCGGGCAUAAUCCUGGCCAAGGCAACGGCCCCCAAUGCAGGACGCAUGAUAUUUUGGUGAAAACAAACGCAAAGAAUGAAACACAAAGCCCACACGAAUUUUGCUGAAGAUAUUUUAUUUUUAUUAUUAUUUUUUUUUUUACGAAAUAAACGACGAAAGAACUGAAAAUUCAACAACAAAA